ACAGAAGGCAAAACAUCUGGAAUUAACCUGGAAGUAAGUGUCACCGUGCAAGUUGUUUUGACUCUACUAGCGGCGGUCAUCGCAACAUUUGACCUGGUUGGCAACGUCAUCGUCAUUUAUGUGACCUGCUCAAGAACGCCCAUGCGUACAACAACAGAUCUGCUGAUUGCCAAUCUGGCAGCCGCUGACCUCAUGAUGAUACCCGUCAUCGUCUACCUAGUGAAAUUUUUUUAUUACCAGUUUGACUGGUUCGGCGGUGUAAUGGGACAGGUUACGUGUCGGUUAGCGAUCUCUCUCCAGGCUUUAUCGGUUGUGAGCUCCGUUUACAGUAUACUGGCUAUUAGUGUAGACCGCUGUUGUGCUAUAUUCUUUCCUUUAAAAAAGGUCUUCAUUAAAACAUAUAUUAAAAGGUUAAUUCUGGUCAUCUGGGCAAUCGCCGUGGCAUUUGCUAUUCCGCAAUUUAUGGUUGCAACAGUCAAAACCAAGGGGAAAAAGCACAGAUGCUAUCCUAGUUGGAAGAACAGUGGAAUGUCUGCGAGCCAUUAUACUCUUGUAUUUGUGGCACUUAGUUAUAUAGUGCCCUUAGCAACCAUAGCAACUCUAUACCUCGUCACCACCGCGAGGCUCUGGAAGAGUGCAGCCCCAGGCCACCACUCGGAGUUAGCAAUUGAAAGAAUCAGAGCCACGCGCCGCAAACCCACUAAGAUGUUGAUUGGCAUAGUCACUGUGUUUGCACUUUGUUGGUUUCCUUUACAAGCAGCGGAGGUAUUAAAACGAUUUGCCUAUGAGGUUUACUGGAGCCAUAUUCCCUUUGAAGUAAACGUUGUCUUGCCGUGGUUUGGGAUCGCGAACAGCGCAAUAAACCCGUUCAUUUAUCCUCUGUUCUGCGAGAAAUAUCGCUAUGAAUUCAGGAGAAUCCUUUGCUUUUAUUCUUUAAGGAGAGGCAAAAAUCGCGCAAAAUCUGGCCUGACGGUGAUGACUGGGCUGCCAAAAUUUAAUGGCGACACCUGUAAGCCUGAUGCAAUCAUUGCUAAAUAUAAAAAAGACGGCUGUUCUCUUAGAAACAUUAGAACUACUUACAUAACUUCGAUUUAA